AUGACAUUGGAUCUACUGGCUAUAGAGAGCUUUCUGUGUGAUUUAGCCGUGAAUGAAGUCGGCCCAAUUAUCAAGUCCAAGUCUGGAACUCAGCAAAAUUAUGAUUUGAAGACUGGGUCAAGAGCGGUAGACCUUGUUACUGCGAUUGAUAAGCAAGUCGAAUCUUUAAUUUGGAAGACAUUAAGAGAAAAAUACCCAGAUUUUAGAUUUGUUGGCGAAGAGAGCUAUGUCAAAGGGGAAACUGUAAUCACUGAUGAACCGACUUUUAUCGUGGAUCCAAUCGACGGAACCACAAACUUCGUGCAUGAUUUCCCAUUUAGUUGUACAUCUUUGGGUCUUACGAUCAAGAAGGAGCCUGUCGUUGGUGUUAUCUAUAAUCCACAUUUGAAUCUGCUCAUCUCUGCCUCUUACGGAAAUGGUGUCAGAUUUAAUAGCGUAUCAUUUGAUCAUAGAAGUAAAAUUGAUUCGAUGGGACCACUGAUUUUAAACAAAUCUGUAGUGGCUUUGCAACCGGGAUCAGCCAGAGAAGGGACCAACUUCCAGACCAAGAUGGAUACUUAUCAAAAUUUACUGUCGUGUGAUGGUGGGUUUGUCCAUGGAUUCAGAAACUUGGGAUCAUCCGCCAUGACCAUGGCAUAUAUCGCCUUGGGAUACCUAGAUAGCUACUGGGAUGGUGGCUGUUACUCAUGGGAUGUGUGCGCUGGAUGGUGCAUAAUAAAGGAGACGGGCGGUAAGAUAGUCGGUGCUAACCCUUCAGAGUGGCAAAUUCAAGUAGACAAUCACUCAUAUCUGGUGGUCAGAGGGACCAGUGACCCAAAUAGAGAUGACCAAGACCAGUAUAUUAGAGACUUUUGGUCAAACGUGAAAGGAAAUCUACAUUACGAAUGA